GCAUGGACGCUUCCAUGCAGCAGGUGCUCCCAGGCCUCUGGAUCGGCGACUACACGGCCGCGAGCAACCACGCCCUCCUCGAGGAGCACGGCAUCGCCUGCGUCGUCUCGUCGAUGCGCCAGGAAUACACGACCGCGCCCGGCGUCAGCCUGCACCACGUCGCCGUCGACGACACCGACAAAACCAACCUCCUCGAGCAUGUUGUCCCGACGGCCGACUUUAUCGACUCGGCCCUCACCAAGGGCGAGAGCGUGCUCGUGCAUUGCCAGGCCGGCGUCUCGCGCUCGACCACCCUCGUCGCCGCGUACCUCAUGCUCAAGCACGGCCUCAACGUCGAGCAGGCCCUCGACAAGAUCCGCGCCGUCCGGCCCCAGGUCGAGCCAUCCGAGGCCUUCAUGAUGCAGCUCGAGAUGCUCGAGCGGUGCGACUGCGAGUGGGACCCGGUCAAGUGGCCCGAGCAGCGCCGGUUCCUCAUGUCGUUCAUGCAGUCGCAAAUCAUGGAGGGCGCCUCGCCGUCCAUCAUCCUCGCCUACUACCCCUCGCCCGCCGCGACGCCCAAGGAGCGCCGCGAGAGCUUCAACAUGUCGAUGUCGACCCUCCCUCGCCCGCACAUCUCGCCUCCUGCUUCACCCUCGUCUCCUCGUUCUGCCACCGCACCCAACACGGCCGCCAUCGUCUCGGCGCCGACCUCGCCAGCCUCGACGUCGGGCCAGAUGCCGCCGUUCCCGAUGCCGCUCCCCGAGCUGUCGGCUCCGCCAGCCCGCAAGCGGCUCACGCCCCGCAAGGUCGAGCCGCAGGAGGACGUCGAGCAGCAGCAACGGCGCAUCGAGCGGCCUGAGAUCGAGAAGAUCGGGACGAGGGAGCAGGUCGUCGUGUCGGGGCGCCGGGUCCGGUGCAAGAUGUGCAGGCGAGAGCUGGCUGCUCGCGACAACAUCGUCGCGCACGAGCCCGGCAAAGGGCAGCAAGCCUUCGCGCCCAACCGGCGCGACAUGACGGCCUACCGCGCCGAGGUCGAGAAGCGCCGCCUCGACGAGGCGCGUGACGCGGCAGCGCUCGCUGUUGCGAAACCCGUCGCGCCGCCUGUCGCACCUGCGGCCGCUCAGCCGGCGGCGGCGACGAGCCCGGCGACCGAUGCGCAGCCGCCGAGCAACCCGCUCGCGGCGCUCCGCAUCUCGCAGCCCCUGCAGGGCAUGCGCGUCGUCCAGCCCCGAGGCCCGCCCGUCCUGCGGCCGCAGCCUGUCGCUCGUCCGGCACCUCGCAAGACGUCGCCUCCCGCCGACGCCGAUGCCGCCACCGCCACCGCCGCAGCGCCCUCGACCGCCGACGGCGAACCUCGGCCUGCACCCGAGGCCGACGCGUCGCUCUUUCCCGCCGCCGCCACAUCAUCUGCCCCAGCCUCGACCUCAACCUCGACCUCCUCCGUCGCUCCCCCCUCGUCCGCGCCUCGCGUCGACCCUCCCCUCCUCCCGUCGCACACCUGCUCGUCCUACUUCGUCGAGCCCCUGAGCUGGAUGAGCCCGGUCCUCGAGACGGGCGUCCUCGCCGGCAAGAUCGUCUGCCCAAACUCGAGGUGCGGCGCCAAGUUGGGCAGCUUUGACUGGGCCGGCAGUCGAGUGCUCGUGCGGCGCCUGGGUCUGCCCCGGCUUCGCGCUCAACGUCUCUCGGGUCGACGAGGUCUCUGGCUGAGUCGCUGCACCUGAAACUCGAGCGAGCAUUUUUAUC